CGCUAGCCAAAUCCCCAGUCUCACUGCGUCCCUCCUCGCUGCCCUCGCCGUGGUUCCUCUCCCCCCUCUCCACCGCGCCGCUGCCGCCGGAAAGAAGAUCCCGGCCACCGCCAGAAUCACCCUCCUGCUGCCGGAAAGGAGAUCCGGCCACCGCCAGAAAGGAGCUCGCCGCCGCCGGAAAGAUGCUCUCCACCGGCUCCUCUUCUCGUGGCUAACCUCCUCCCUCCCUCCAGUACCAAAAUAUAAGGCAAUCCAUCCAUCCAUCUACCAUUAUUGAUCAACUGACAAGAGCUACCGAUUUCUAUUCCCAGCAAAUACGUAUCCUGCAUCGCAGCACAGGAAACUCAGUGAAAUAAUAAUGUCUGGUAUACAUGAGUCUACGAGGAACAUGGAAAUCUUAUUUGGCUAAAGCUGAAAUUCUUCUGAUGAAGAAGGUGCUUUUCUUUAGGCAAGAGGAGACCAUGAAGGGACAUGGAAAUCUUAUUUGGCUAAAGCUGUAGCUACUGAGGCUGAUUCAACGAUUUAUCUGUGUUGAAAUGGAGUGAAGGGAUUUCAGUCGAAGUAGUGGUGCGGCUCGGCUCUUCAACUCUGCGUCGUGCGGGUGUUGACAGCAGAGCUGCUGAUCUCUCAGGUAUGGCUUGGAUGCUGGCGGUGGCUCCUGUGCGGCGGUGGCGUUGCUGCCGCACAAGAGGUGUGUGGGUCAGUGGGGUGCGGGUUGGCGACACUGCGGUCUCCGUCGUCUUUGCUGUCCAGCCGCGUGGGGAUGUGGAGGCUCGAUUCCUCCGGGCGAAAGCCCAGACCUCCGUGGAUGUCGCCGUCCUUCCCCUCUUGAGGGCGUCGUCUUGAAGUCGGUGAUCCUCUUCGUGCACUCCAGUGGGCUGGCCACACGUGGCAUCUACACUGCAUGAUUUUCCUUGAGUUGUGAAGAAGGGCAUCAAUUUUAUUUUAGAAUACUAGUUUAUCAGGAUCUGAUUCUUGAUGUUCGUAAUAUUUGUCCAAUUAAUUCCAGUCAGAUUUGUAUUGGUGCGAUUGUUGUUGGUUCCUGUGUGAACUGAUGUGAUGGUAUUAUUGUUGUUUACCUACGGUCACGGACGGAGCAGCUAGUUGUUUCAUUUCAGUCUACGUAAGUAUGUAAGGAGCUGUUCAGUUUACGUAAGGGACAGCUGGGUGGGAAACCGUUCAAAAACCAUAGGCCAUAACCAUGGUUCCUACAGUGGUUUUAGUUCAGUUUAGGUGGAGAUGUCACGUGGUUGAGUUUGGGUUGGUGUGAACGCAUAUCCUAGUGGGUUUGGUUUGGUUUGGUUUCCUCACGAUGCAUCCUGUGGUUUUAGUUUAAGUUUGGUUUAGAUGUCCAACCAUUCUCAGGACUAAUUCUACCCCCUCUGUUCCAAAAUAUAUCCUAUACCUUGUCCUAUGUUAAAGUUGACCAUGUUUCUACAAAAAAAAUACAGCACCCACAAUAUUAAAGAUAUACACUAUGGAAACAUAUUUUAUGAUGGAUCUGUUGAUGUUGGUUCGGUAUUGUAGAUGUUGCUAUUUUUCCGUAAACCUUAUUAAACUAACUUUGACUUAUGGGUCUUAUAUGUUGGAAUGGAGGGAGUAGGCUCUGUUUAGUUGAUUGAAAUGCAAAAGACGUCCACUUCUCUUUUUUUCUUUGGACAGUAUUUAUAAAUGCAAAUAUGAAUUAUUUCUAGGUUAGCAGUAAUAAUAGUACUUUUGCAGCUAAGAUAUUGCCUGUGGUAAAAAACCAGCACCUGCUGUUAUGUACACUUCUGAUCUGCAAUGCUAUAGCCAUGGAGGCAUUGCCAAUAUUUCUUGAUGGCUUGGUGACUGCUUGGGGUGCGAUUUUGAUCUCUGUGACAUUGAUUCUGCUGUUUGGUGAGAUCUUACCACAAUCCAUCUGCUCACGCUAUGGGCUGGCGAUUGGCGCCUCAGUUGCUCCAUUUGUCCGAGUGCUUGUUUGGAUCUGCUUUCCUGUUGCAUUUCCGAUAGCCAAGCUGCUGGACUAUAUGCUUGGUCAUGGUAAAGCAGCCCUUUUCCGUAGAGCUGAGCUAAAAACACUUGUGACACUGCAUGGAAAUGAGGCUGGUAAAGGUGGAGAGUUAACCCAUGAUGAAACUACUAUAAUAGCUGGAGCUCUUGAACUCAGUGAAAAGAAAGCUAAAGAUGCUAUGACGCCGCUUUGUGAAACAUUUGUGAUUGAUAUAAAUGGGAAGCUCGACAGGAAACUAAUGCAAGAGGUCAUUGAGAAGGGUCAUAGCAGGGUGCCAGUUUAUUAUGAAAGGGAGACAAACAUUAUUGGAUUGAUAUUGGUGAAGAAUUUAUUAUCGAUAAACCCUGAUGAUGAAAUACCCAUAAAGAGUGUAACUAUCCGCAAAAUUCCUCGCGUUUCAGAAGACUUGCCCCUCUAUGACAUCCUAAAUGAGUUCCAGAAGGGCCACAGCCACAUGGCAGUUGUCAUCAGGCAAAACAUUCCAGACUACCCAGCUAAACAGCUCAACAAUGGUGGUGAAACUCUUGAGGUUGCCAUUGCCAUCGAUGAUAAACCUGGUGAAAAGUCUGUGAAAAACCUUACUCCUCUGAGGAGAUGGAAGAGUUACCCCAACACCCUGAACUCUAAUACAGGAAGCAGGAGGGGCAAAUGGUCCAAGGAUCAAUCAGAUGUUCUUCAAGUACACGAGGAGCCAUUGCCCACGCUCAGCGAAUAUGAAGAAGCUGUGGGUAUCAUAACAAUGGAGGAUGUCAUUGAAGAACUGCUACAGGAAGAGAUAUACGAUGAAACAGAUGUACACGUUGAGGAGCAAGAUCAAUAACACAUUGCUGGAGUUUCCACUCCCCAUUUUGGACCUGAAAAGUCACGUGCCACGCCAGUUUUGUGCUGAGGGGGAGAACAAUCUGUAAUGAAACGUUGUAGUAGUAAAUGUGUAUAGACGAUGAUACUGAACAUUAGUUCGUAUGAACUGUUGAUGUGAAUGUUUAGUACGUUGGUAGGAAGAACAUUGGAUUGCGCUUGGCCCUGAAGCUGCAGGAUUGCAAUGUUCCUGGAAACCGUACCGAGCAUCCUGAAUUCCUGAUUCCCGAGACGUUGACGCGGCAGU